UUCUCAAAUAACCGACAAUACUAUGAUUAAUUGGGUUCAUAUAUCAAAAAAUUAGUAAUGAAUCAUAAGACGCGCGAAAGGAAAGUAAUGGAGAUUGAAGGCGAAGAUGGUUCAAAAAUGAAACUCCAAAAUGGCACAGAGACGGUGUUUGGGAGAGGCUCGGGGUUCGAGACCAAUGACAGGGCCGUCUCUCGCCGCCACAUUUUGUUCGAGCUCAAAAUUCCGGCUGACGAAACUGACAUCCAAACAGGGACUAGGGUUUUAUGUCAAGUUUUCGGCAAGAAUCCAAUUUUUGUCAGGAGGGGAGAAGGAGGAGAGAUUGAAGUCUUAAGGCGUUUCGAGAGUGCCGAAAUUGCGGCCGGUGAUUGGUUCUGCGUUUCUAGUAGAGACCCGCUACGGUUCACUCUGAAGAGGAUUGAAGGUCAACAGAAUAAGGAUUCUGUGAGUGAAGAUGAAUCUUCUGAGAGAUUCGAAGAAAUUGAUGUUUCAAAGAUUGACCCUGUUCAAGAGUUCGGUUUUCUUGUCAUAGGGCAUGAAUUUGACUGCUAUCCUAAGAAUAGAAUACGUGAUGCUAAGAAUUGGAAAUGGUUUCUUGAGGGAAGUCGACAGGAUAGCGAUGAUGAAGAUGGUGGUGGGAGUUUGGAAGGAAAGGACAGGAUAGGUGGGAGGAGAAAACGGAAGAAAUCUCAAGGCAAUGAAGAUGACGAUGAAUGGACCGGGGAGAGUGAAGAUGAUAAUGAUGUUGCAACACUAAGAAAGGUUGGAAGACUGAAAUAUUCGACAAGAUCAAAAGACCACGACAAGCCUUCUAAAGGUGCAAAAUGAAAGACCUCAACCCCUGCACAGAAGAGAAGUGAAGAAAACGUUGAAGACGAGGAUGUAGAUGAUGAAACGCUAGGUGGUUUUAUUGUAAAUGACAAUGAUGAACAACAAUUAGAAGAGGCUGAAGAACAGGAAGAGGAGGAAUUUGUUGAAGAUGAUGAUGAUGAGCUAGAUGAAUGAUGGUAAGAGAAAAACAGAUCAAGACACUCUGUAGAGAAGCAGUUUAGGUUUCUUCAUGUUUUUGUUUCUGUAAAAUGUAACAUAUGCUCUGUGAUAUUCUUCAGCAUCCUGUUAACAAAAUUUAUCUGUCUUUCCUGACUUGUCAAAUUUACGAGGAUAAAUUCACCGAAAACUCUAUUUCUAACAA